AUGUCGGUUCAGGGCCUCACCAACCAAUUUGGGGGUAUGGGAUUUGGCGGUUCACCCCAGCCAGAUAACCAAAACUAUGGGGGUCACGGCCAGUAUAGCGCAAAUCAAGGAGGUCCUCCUCCGCCUCAACCCGCAUAUCAACCACCCUCAGACAAGCCACCCUUGCCUCAGGGUUGGACUCCGUACUUCGACCAGCAACACCAGCGAUGGUACUAUGUAGAAGAGGCAACGGGUAAGACACAAUGGGAAGCACCAGGCUACAGCCCGCCGCCAAUGCAAAGUCCCCCUAUGCAAAGUCCUCCUCCAGGGAGCGCCUAUGCAGGGUACGACGAGGUCCAAACCAAAGGCGAUAAAGGAGGAAAGAAGGGACAUGGUGGAGGAGGGAUGCUUCUUGGUGCUGCCGGUGGUCUUGCUGCUGGCGCUAUCGGCGGAGCUGUGCUUCACCAUGCUCUCCAUGACAGCGACAGCAGCGACGAUGAAAGGCAUGACCACCAGUCUUAUGUUGCUCCCACCGCAGCGGCUGCAGCAGCUCCAGCUGUGACCAACGUCUACCAGACGGAGUAUGUUACAUACAACAACGCUCCUCCUGCCAUGUAUGCCGCCAAUAGAUACGACAGCGACCGAGAGUCGCUCGACGAGGCUCGCCAGGACGUUUACGAGGCACGCCAGGACUAUCAAGAGGCGUUGGAGAAUGCCGCCAGCUCGAGUGCUAGUAGCAGUGACAGAGAGGAGUUGGAAGAGCGACGAGAGGAAUUGUACGAAGCGGAGGAAGAGUAUGCGGAGGAGUAUGAUGACUACUAUGAAGACUAA